CGUAUUUGGAGAUCUCCCUGCAACAAUGAGUGUAGAUGCAUUGAAAGCUGAAAUAGAAGCACUUAAAAAAGAGAACGAGGCUCUCAAAGCGGCAGCAAGGCGUGAUGAAGAGCCAAAAGUCCUAUCCCCUAACGGAACCAUAUUCGAUCUACCUUCGGUUCGCGAGUGGACGCACAAAGAGUCCUUGGACAAUGACGAGAUUUCUCGCUUUAGUCGACAGCUGUUGAUGCGAGAAAUUGGAGUACAAGGGCAGCUCAAACUUCGAAAUACUACCGUCCUUGUUGUCGGAGCUGGAGGACUAGGAGCACCCGCUGUAAUGUACCUCGCUGCUGCAGGAAUAGAAACAUCUAGGCCGUCUCGGAAUAGUUGAUUACGAUCCGGUAGAAGCCAGCAACCUGCAGCGGCAAAUUGUGCACGACGAAACUCGGGUGGGCAUGAUGAAAGCAGAAUCGGCAAAAGCGACCGUCAACAGAUUGUCGUCCUUCUGCGACUGCAUUGCGUACAACACCUUGAUCGAAAGUUCAAAUGCCAUGGACAUCAUCAGACCAUGGGAUAUUGUGGUCGACGCGACUGACAAUGUUGCCACACGAUACCUAUUAAACGAUGCCUGUGUGCUGGCAGGAAAACCUCUAGUGUCCGGUAGUGCAUUGAGGAUGGACGGCCAGUUGACAGUUUAUAAUCAUGCUGGUGGUCCUUGUUAUCGAUGUAUAUUCCCUGCACCGCCUCCUCCAGAGACCGUUACCAACUGCAGUGAUGGCGGUGUUCUCGGUGUUGUACCGGGUAUUAUCGGUUGCCUGCAAGCGCUGGAAGUCAUUAAAAUAGCGAGUGGAUUGGGGACUAGUUUCUCACAGAAAAUGCUGCUGUUUGACGCAACGUCAGGCGCCUUCCGUACAAUUAAAUUGCGAGGCCAGAGUCCUACAUGUGCUAUCUGUGGCAAGAACCCCACUAUUACGGACUUAAUUGACUAUGUGCAAUUUUGUGGCGCCGCUCCGACAGACAAAACGCCAGCGCAGACGCUUCUACCAGACGACGAAAGAAGCACAUGCAGGGAAUAUUCGAGUGUUCGAAUGGGCGCCUGGCCUCAUCUGCUACUCGACGUGCGGGAAACAGUUCAGUUCAAUAUAUGCUCGCUUCCGAAUUCACUUAACGUACCAUUGAAGGACCUUGAGCGUCGAUUAACGGACGUCGAGCAAGCCGCACGUCAAGCCGCGGCAUUGGAGAGCAGCGCGAUUGCCAUUGCAAAAGAUGCUUUGCCAAUAUACGUCGUAUGUCGGCGGGGUAACGAUUCACAGGUAGCGGUGCAAUUGUUAAGGCAGCAUGGAUUUCUGCAAGCAAAAGACAUUGCAGGAGGUCUAGAGAGAUGGGCGAGUGAAAUCGAUCCAGAUUUUCCGACCUAUUAACUUAAAGUCUUGACUAUUGUUAUGUGUAUAGUAGCGUGCUGCUUCAAUUCAGAUACAUAAAACUACAAUAAAUCCACUAUCUGCAACAUACUCCAAGUUAGCUAUGUACAUAAAAGAACGGUGCUUUGAA